UGCAGAAGGCCGUGGCUCCUCUGUCUGCCUGAGGCUACAGCAACAGCCAGAGGCAUCCCUGGGGAGAUGGCAGAACAGCACGGAGCACCGGAACAGGCUGCGGCUGGCAAGAGUCACGGAGGCCUUGGGGGCACCUACAAGGUGACCGUGUAUGAACUGGAGAACUUCCAAGGCAAGCGAUGCGAGCUCUCUGCCGAGUGCCCCAACCUGACGGACAGCCUGCUGGAGAAGGUGGGCUCCAUCCAGGUGGAGUCGGGGCCGUGGCUGGCGUUUGAGCGCAGGGCCUUCCGCGGGGAGCAGUUCGUCCUGGAGAAGGGGGACUACCCUCGCUGGGAUGCCUGGUCCAACAGCCACAACAGCGACAGCCUGCUGUCCCUCCGGCCGCUGCACAUCGAUGGUCCGGACCACAAGCUGCAUCUCUUUGAGAACCCAGCUUUCAGCGGCCGCAAGAUGGAGAUAGUGGACGAUGACGUGCCCAGCCUGUGGGCUCACGGCUUCCAGGACCGAGUGGCGAGUGUCCGUGCCAUCAACGGGACGUGGGUUGGCUAUGAGUUCCCUGGCUACCGCGGGCGCCAGUACGUGUUCGAGCAGGGUGAGUACCGCCACUGGAACGAGUGGGACGCCAACCAGCCGCAGCUGCAGUCUGUGCGCCGCAUCCGUGACCAGAAGUGGCACAAGCGGGGCUGCUUCCUCAGCAGCUGAAGGGCGCCCCGACCUCAGUGGCCUAGGCCCGCCCUGGGGGGCAGCGAGGGCAAGAAGAGGAGGCUCCAGGGCUGGGGCAAGGGGCCGCCUGUCCACCCUUCCCCGGAAUCUGCUCAAUAAAGCCUGGGGUCGGUCCCCCACCUGCCA